AUGGAGGCAACAAAGAAGCAAUCACAGAAUUAUCCCUUUCUCAAAAAAGUUUCUAAAUGCCUUGUGAUGGUUUCUCUCUGCUCAAUCAUAUUAUCCUACUCUUCUUUCCUAACUUUCCUUGAAAACAACUUAAUUUUCUCUGUGUAUAUCUUCCUGCAACUCUCUACCUAUACAAUUGGCAAGAACUGCAUGUUCCUCGUCUGCAAUGGCAUUCUUGUUAUCAUUGUCAAGAACUCGGGUUUGAUCGAGAAUCCUCAGCUGGAAGCUACUGAUUCCCACAGUGAAAAUUCCUUGAAGAGUGGAGUCGAGCAGGUACAAGUACUGCCAAGUAUCAGAGCAUCAGUUGCAGAGGAAAUCAAGCAAGUAAAAGUAGCGAAAGAGAUCAGAGCAUCAUCAGUUGCAGAGGAAAUCAAGCAAGUAAAAGUAGUGCCAGAGAUCAGAGCAUCAUCAGUUGCAGAGGAAGUCAGGCAAGUGGUAGUGACAGAGAUCAGAGCAUCAUCAGUUGCAGAGGACACCAAGCAAGUAAAAGUAGUGCCAGAGAUCAGAACAUUAUCAUUUGCAGAGAAAAUAGAAGAUGGAUCUUUCGGGAAAGAAGAAAAUGUCAUCUUGAUUGGAGAAUAUGAUAAAGAUGAAGAGGAAGAAAAGAAGAUUCUUGUUGUAGAUGAUGAAGAAGAUGAGGAAACUGGGUUGAUAAGUAGGGAAGAGUUGAACAAAAAAUGUGAGGAUUUCAUUAGAAUGAUGAGACGAGAAUUAAGUUUGAAGCUCAGGCAGUGA